UGUGUGUGUGUGAGUUCAAAUUCUUUGUCAAAUCUUGAUAUGGGACAUUGCUGAAUUUGAGUUGUGUGAUUUCAAAAUUACUGAACUCUUCUCUUGUUAGUACAAUGAAUUUACGAUUAAAUUUGUUGACGGUAGAAAGCAUUGGCUAUGCAAGCACGAAUAGAAGGGAAGAACUGUGUUGUGACAGGGGCGAAUUCUGGCAUUGGCUAUGCAACUGCAGAGGGCCUAGCUGCACGUGGAGCAACAGUGUAUAUAGUGUGCCGGAGCAAGGAGUGGGGUGAGGCAGCACACUCAAAGAUCCAGUCUGCAACGGGCAAUAAGAAUGUCCAUUUGGAGAUUUGUGAUAUUUCUUCCAUUGACGAUGUGAAAACUUUGGCGUCGCGGUUUUGUGCGAUGGAUGAGCCUGUGCAUAUUCUAAGGUUAUCCAGCAACCUUAGAACAAGUGAUGAAGGUGCUGAUACGGUGAUAUGGCUGGCCCUACAGCCUAAAGAGAAGCUCGUGUUACUUCGACCGGGCUGAGGCACCUAAGCACCUGCCUUUCACAGCUACAAAGCGCUCACAUUCUGCUGUAGACUCCAUUGUAGGUAGGUAAACUCCAUAGUAUGGCCAACUUCUACUGAAACUAUACGUAUAGAGAAAGAUCUGUUUGUCCAAUUCAUCAAAACUACUAAACACUUUAUAUUGAUUGAACAUUUGAGUCAUUAUACA